CCAACGUGCCCCCAAAGCCCCCACGAUGUCCGACUUCAUCGCUCAGCCCCGGAGGAAGGAAUCUCGCAAAGGCUCGAGACAGGAUAAGCCCUACAGUAUGCAUGACAACCGGUGGGAACAGCCUGAGGAAGAGAAACAGGAAAAGCAGGACAAAGUGAAAGACUCGGAGCCUGUGAGUGUGGAGACCGAGGACCAGGAUGAUGAUCAGUGGGAAGAUGCCAGCGAUGAAGAGGAGGAGGAGGAGGAGGAGGAGGAGGAGAAGGAACGGGGCGCAGACUUGCCCGAACCGGCGGAAAUCCAGCCCAAGCCCCUCAGUCCCUUCUCCCCCGACGAGGGGUACCGGCCGGUCACCGACUGGGCCGAGGAGAUGGAGGUGGCUUCCCCGAGAGCCAACGUCCAGGACCACCCUUUGCCGGGCUCGCCCGCCGUCGCCCGCCUCCAAGAGGAUGCCCACAGAGAGGACACGGAGACUGGAGAGGACGAGAAGCCGGAGAGUGAGACUGUCGAUGGGGCUCAACCAGACCUCGAGAGCCCGACACAGCAAGAGCCCAGGAGCUUGUCGGCGGAGACAUUGCCAACAGCCUCAGAGCGGGUGGGGAGCGGGGGCGCGACCAGUUCUGCCCCCAGCGAUGCCCCCGCCGAGCGAGGGGCGAACCUGGCGGAGGAGAGCGGCCAAGCCCUCGCUGGGUCAGACCCACAGUCGCCAGAGGGGAGCGAAACCCUUCGAGGAGCUGAGGAACAAGGAGACGAGGCUUCAGUUGACCCGCGCGUCUCGGCGUCAGCCCUGGACGGUCGGAGCUCGGGACGUCCCGAGGAGAGCGAGAGAGUGGCAUCAGGUGCAGUUCACAUUCACCGGCUCCGAGACUGUCUGCUUCCGGUGAAAUAAACCGAGAGAGAUUGCGUCGUCCGUGUGUUCCGGAGAAAAAAAGGGUUCUCAUCACAAGG